AUGAGGGUCCAUGAUAUAGAUAACCUGAAGGAUAAGAUCCAAGAGCUAAAAACCAUCAUCAAAUUCCAGGAAAAAGGCCGAGUUCUACAAUGCAAGUCCUUGGAGGAGAAGACAGUCCAGAACAAGGAUGUGAUUAACUUACUGCAGAACAACAUCCGACAUUUCUACCAGGACUGGACAGUUGCCAAAAGAUAUGAUGAAUGGACCAUUUCCCGGGCCUGCCGGAAGAACUUACCUUUGAAGUUGGCCACCUGCCGAAGUACUGUGGAGGUAGCUCGGGAAAAGCUGCGUAAGUAUGUUUUUGACCGUGUGAACGUUCACAAUGUGAUGCUGCACCUGGUUCGGCAGCGAGGGGAGAUGCUGGAAAGCAUGCAGAUAGAGCUAGAUAAUCUGCUGAACCAGCAGAACAGUAGCAAAGAGGAGCUGCAGCAGCUACAGAUCAUUCGUCAGUUAGAGAACAAUAUUGAAAAGACAGUGAUCAAGAUCGACACUAGCCAGAACAUCUAUUCACUCUACGUUCGUCUGUUGGAUUAUCUGAAAAAAGAGCUGGCGCACUACCCACCACAGCUAGACAAGCUGCAGAACAUGGUGUUACUAUACCAGAAGGAUCUUUCUGACAUGACUGUAAUGACCCACGAAGCCAUAAAAAUGACAGAAGAAGCCAAGGUUAACAUGACAGAAAUGGAGACGGCCUUUCUCGCAGAGCGCAGGGCCAGGGAACAAAAGCUCACACAGCAGAAGAAACUGAUUGAUAAGAUUCAUUCCAGUGCCAGUGACAGGCACAGGAGGGGCAGGCGAGACUUGGAAUUUCCUUCCACCUUGGUGACCUCAGAGCCGCCAAAAGGAAAAAAGCAAGAUGUGUCCAAGUCGGAUAUUGAGUACCAAGCAUCUGUAACGCAUAUAGUGGACAAGGUCAAGACUGCUGUACAGUGCUCUCACCUCUGGGAUAUCGCAGGCAGAUUCCUGGCCCAGAAAAACACACAGGAAAAUCUGUUGCAGCAGACCAAGGAAUAUGAACUGAAACGGAAGGAACUUGAGGCCUUCCUGCAGAAACUGGACUUAGAACGGGCACUGCUCAAGUUUCAUCAGAACCCAAAUAUCAACAGAUUUAAGAAGCUAAAGGAGAAAAUGAAGGAGAUGCUGGAAGAGGAGAAUGAAAGACUCCAGCUGGAAAACCACAACUUGGUGAAGAGUGAACAACUGCUUCUCAAUAUCCAGAUUGGCAUCGACAAUCUGUUCAUUCGACUGAUAGGCAUCACGUUGCCCUCAGAGAAAGGAAUGCCUGGUCCUGCUGAUACCAAAGAUGCCUACAGCAAACUACAAUAUUGUGAGAGGAAGCUGCUCUAUCUUAUAGAAAGAACUAAGAAAUAUGCAGAGAUAUUUGAAGAGAACUCCCAGAAAGUGAUAAACUUCCUAGAGGAAUCGACUCUACAAGAGAAACAUAAUGUGAAGGUUACUUUUGAAGAUGGUGAUGAUGAUGGGAGAGAAUCCUUCCAAUUUCCUGAUGUGGAACAUAGCUAUGUUCCUUCCAGAGAUGAGAUCAAGAAGCAAAGUGAAAAUUUGAUUGAAGCUAAACUCAGAAAUGCCAAGAAACUAAAGAAGAAAUAA